AUCAUGUCAUCAUGUGGAUUGUGUUUAAAUUUACACUAUCAUCGUCAUCCCAACACACACAAUAUAUAGUUUAUACUCCUAGUCUGGUAAUGGCAUCCCAUCUCAAAUUUAUCGCGACCACUUCCUAUAAAUUUAAUCAAAUUUGUUCUUUCUCUUUCUUCCACAAGCCAUCACCUUUGAUUUUCUCAAGUAAUAAUUUCAAAUCUUUGUCCUUUUCUUCUUCCUCUUUUUUCUCAUCUUCUCAUUCAUCUUUAACUCGAUCUUUAACUACCUCAACUAUGGGUGAUACACUUGCUGAUUCUACCAUGGAUGCUGUCCAAAGAAAACUCAUGUUUGAGGAUGAAUGUAUUUUGGUGGACGAGAGUGACAAUGUUGUUGGCCAUGAUACUAAGUACAACUGUCACUUGAUGGAGAACAUUGAUGCUGGAAAGGCACUUCACAGAGCUUUCAGUGUGUUUCUUUUUAACUCAAAAUAUGAAUUAUUGCUUCAGCAACGCUCCGCAACUAAGGUAACUUUCCCACUAGUGUGGACAAAUACAUGCUGCAGUCAUCCCCUAUAUCGUGAAUCGGAGCUAAUUCAAGAGAAUGUUCUUGGUGUAAGGAAUGCUGCUCAGAGGAAACUUCUAGAUGAGCUUGGAAUUCCAGCUGAAGAAGUACCUGUUGAUCAAUUUACUCCACUUGGACGUAUGUUGUACAAGGCUCCGUCCGAUGGAAAAUGGGGAGAGCAUGAACUUGAUUAUCUGCUGUUCAUCGUAAAAGAUGUCUCCAUGACACCGAACCCUGAUGAAGUGGCUGACGCCAAAUACGUCAGCCGAGAGGAUCUUAAGGAGAUAUGCCGGAAAGCUGACGCAGGUGAGGAAGGCGUGAAACUCUCUCCUUGGUUCAGGCUAGUCGUCGAUAACUUCUUGUACAAAUGGUGGGAUCAUGUCGAGAAUGGCACUCUCAAGGAAGCUGCUGAUAUGAAAACUAUCCACAAACUUUGAUAUAAUAUCUACUCCAUAAUAGCACUGGUUUUGUUUGCUCCAUACUUGCUGCAGCAAAAGCUUGAUUGUACUUGGGAUUGUAGUUUUCUAAAUCUUCCCUGGAUUUGUAGGAACUUUAUUUGAGAGUGGGUGAUGUAUCCUUAGUUUUGAGGUUCAAUAGAUUUUAUUUUUUAGGGAAGUUAAUUGUAAUUUUAGUAUGAAAUUGUGGGAAUUUGAAUAAGUAUCAUACUAAUUUAAAGAGGAAUAUUAUCAAGAAGUAAAUCAUUUUAAUGUCA